AUCAUCAUUUGGGUUUAAACCAAUUAAGGCUUGUGUGAACUGGUGAAUCUAGAAAUUAAAUAAUUAUUAUUUGUUUAAUGAAAUCAAACAUACAAAAAAUGUCUUACAAUAGGCAUUGUAUUUUGUAAAACUUUCACGUUUUGUGUUAAAUCGUAGUGAAAAAUAAGUGACUCGGCUUGCAAAAAUUAAACCAAACUAAAUGCUUGUUGACGUUUAGUUCUUAUGCUUGUAUUGGAGUAUUAUGCGAUAUUCGUGACAGUUUGCUUAAGUGUUGAUACGAAAUGUGGUCGAUUUUUUUCUCAUUUACACUUUCUCUUCAUUAUACAUCACCAUUUCAUACCGCUUUGAUUUGCAUUCAAUCGAACGAAUGUCACAAGUACACAAUCGACUCCGACGGCUACAGCUACGGCGACGAUGACUAUGACGUCGAGCACGGUUCGCAUGAUGAAAUGCGACAGAUUGACCGAAUGCAUAGAACAAAGCAGGCAACAACAAGUGAAUCCCGUUAUUGUGUGUUUGAGACACGGCAUCACAUUGUUACAAAUCAUUGGUCAGAGCUCUGUGCCUCAUGCGUCAACGAUAAAAUGGAGCGACGAAGAGAAAAAAAGAGUCAUGAGUGAAUAAUUAAUUUCGUUUGCUUUAUUUUGUGUUGAAUAUUUUUAAUUGUUCAGUCUUCGGAAUUUUUUUUUUGAUUCGAUCAUUCCUUCAAAAUACGUUAAAUUUACUAUUCUAUGACAUAGAUUUUUUUACUGUAGUUCAAAUAAAAGUAAUUUAUGACUAACUUCAGACGAAUCAAGCGAUUGACAAUAGCGCUUUUUUUCAAACCGAAACCAUCCAGAGAAAAAAACCUAACAAAUUGACUUUGGUCAAAAAAAAAUUCAUUGCAAAAUCAAUGCCGAAAUUAUCGAGUACAUUUUCGAUUUUUUUCAGCGAAAUUUUCAUUCAUUGAAUGCUAAACAAAGAGUGUGUAUCGGCCAAAACAACGUUUGACAUUUACAUUGAACCGUAUUGUCAAGUCUCCACACAAAGAGAUGCAUUGGUGUGAAGCAAUGUACGGAAUCGAAUGUGAAUAAACGAAAAUCAGCUGUAACCAGUUCGUUCUGUGUGAUUGGAACGUCACAGUCGUGCGAAUUGUGUGUGGUCGGAAAAUUACUUAGACUGAGGGAAAAUGCGAUGGUGGAAUAAGAAAUGAGUCGUUCGUUUCACGGUUUUUUUUAUUUACGCAUCACAAUGACUGUAGGUUAAGUGGAUUCUUGUCAAAAGAAAGCGAAUGCAUAAUUAGUCCGUGUGAAUUGAAAAUCUGUUUAACAGAAUAAUAAAUAAAGUGCUUUUUACCUCAAUAUUAUAUGCAGCAGAAAAAUUGCACGUUAAUAAAGUAAUAGAGUGUGCCAUAACUGUAGAAAUUAAAUGUGAAAGACGAAAAUUCGACAUCAUUUAUCGAUUCAACAAUGUUUUGAAAGCAACGCCGAGCAGCAGCAGCAGCCAAGUGAAAACUUGUUUAGAGAAUCCAACCUCACAGAAAAUAAUCAAUAGGUUCAAGGUGAAAAUGGCUGGUACGUACGGUUGGUCAGCAAUGAAAAAUCAUAGUCAUAGUUCAAGUGUUUUUCAUCACUUGAAUCGUCGCCCUUUGUUUGGAGCAGACGUGGUGCAGCCAUAUCUCAUUAACAGCUCAAAAGACAGUUUGAGUUAUCUACAAAGUCUCGACUUGUACAAACGACUAAAAGUACACAAAGGAUGCGUAAAUACGGUGUCAUGGAACGAUAAAGGUCAAUAUUUACUGUCCGGCUCCGAUGACCAAACGAUUGUCGUUACAAAUCCAUUCAACGGGCAGGUCCUCGUGCAAUACAGUACGGCACAUCGGGCGAAUAUCUUCAGUGCAAAAUUUCUGCCGCAAUCGGGUGACCGUGGUAUUGUGAGCUGUUCCGGCGAUGGAAUUGUACUGUACACAGAACUGACAACUGCUGCGUCGAAGAAAUAUGCUCAGAAAUCAUCGGGAUCGAGUUCACCGCAUAGACAUGGAAGCGAUGCCAACGAUGCUAAUCUGAACUACUUUAAUUGCCACAGCAGUGGAACCACGUAUGAAGUAUUAACUGUACCGACUGAACCGAAUUCUUUCAUGAGCUGCGGCGAGGAUGGAACGGUGCGACUAUUUGAUCUCCGACAAAUAUCACGUUGUCACAAAACUUGUUGCAAAGACAACAUUCUGAUUUUAAGCCCAUCGGCUGUAACAUCCAUGUGUAUCUCGCCAUUGUCAAACAAUUACAUUGCAAUUGGAAGCUCGGACUCAAUAAUUCGUAUAUAUGAUCGUCGAUUUUUGGCUUUGGUUGACUUUACGGUGCCUGGUUCACCGUCGGAUAGACACACGGUUCCUGUGAAGGCAUUCACAAUACCCUCGUAUGAGAAGAGACCGUUCCGAGUGACAUCGGUAACAUUUAGUCAAGACGAAUGUGAGCUCCUUGUUAGCUACUCAUCGGAUCAUUUGUAUCUGUUUAACAUUUUGAAGGAUGGUAUUGACGUUCGUCACUCAAUGGUUGAAAAGUGUAAGCGAUCGAAGAGUACAUCUCAACAAAGUGUAGAUUCUCCGCCGCCAGUUCGCCGUCUCCGAUUGCGUGGCGAUUGGAGUGAUACCGGCCCUGAUGCACGACCAGAACGGGAAACAGCACGUUUGAAUAAUUUGGGCCAAGCUCGGCCACAACUCCAAGCCACCAUAAUGCAUCGAAUGACUGAGGUUUUGUCUCGCAUGUUGGCCGAUCCUCGAACGCGAAUUGGACUUAAUUCGCAUAGUAAUGAAAUAAUGCACGAAGGUGACAUAACAAAUACGGUGCAAUUGGAAAACUUGUUUGGAGCAGCUCAUCAAUCGAGCAACCCAGUUGCGCAUAAUGCACCCGCAACAGCUCCGGCUACAACAAAUUCAAGUCCGACACCAAAGAGUCGACGGAAUUCAACGGCUGGACCAUCGGGACUGUCGAGUCACGGGAAACAACCGCGAAACAUGUCAUUCGAACGAAAGUCAAGAGUGCACGAUUCAGACGAUGACAGUGACGAUGAUAGCGGCAGUCGCGAAAGUAAUAACACAUCACCAACGGCCGUAAUCGAACAAGAGAUUGAAAAUGCAGUCAACGAAUCUGUCACAGAUGAUGAACUGAAAGAGAUCGUUUUCGAUUACCUGCAAAUGAAGUAUAUGGGCCAUCGUAAUGCUCGAACAAUGAUCAAAGAGGCAACAUUCUGGGGCAAUGACUAUGUCAUGUCUGGAUCAGAUUGCGGCCACGUAUUUGUAUGGAAUCGCAAAACGGGCGAAUUAGUGAUGCUACUCGAAGCCGAUCAACAUGUUGUCAACUGUCUACAACCGCAUCCAACAUUACCCUAUUUGGCGACAUCGGGCAUCGAUUAUGAUAUCAAACUGUUUGCGCCCGUUAGUCAAUACGACGACGAUGAAGAUCAUUGCCGUUUCGAUAAGGAAAAAGCACUUGACUUGAUGAAUCGUAACGCUGUGAUGUUGGAGGAGACCAAAGAUACAAUAACGGUUCCGGCGGCAUUUAUGAUUCGAAUGCUGGCCUGUAUUCAUUCGCUGCGGAAUCGAACGCGUCCACCAGCUACUGGCAGCACGAACAGUGGUGGCAACAACAGCAGCGCCAGUGUAUCCACAUCGAAUAGCAAUGUCAGCAAUAAUCCAAAUCAAUUGUGCAACGAUGCACCAACAUCGUUUGAGCCAUCUUCAUCCAGCAUUAACGACGCAUCGGACAAUAAUAACUCAAUAGACAACGACGAUAAUGAGGAUGACGCAGAUGAUUAAUUAAUGAAAAACAAAAUAACCGAAACCAAAGCGCGUUUUCUGCCUUUUCAACAAGAACAAAAUUUUAUCGUUUUUUUUUAUUCUAAGAAUUUAGUUUGUAAAAAUUCUUUAACUCAUUCAAUUGAACAAAGAAAAAAACUAUGUAUAACAAAUGGACUGACCGACUCACUCAUUACAGUUGGUGCUUCAAUCGAGCGCGAGAUUGAUCCAAUGAACUUCCUAUGAAAUUUCAUUGUAUAUUUUAUCUAAUCAUUCGUAUUUAUUUGAAUUAUUUCUAGUAAAAAAAACCUCUGCAUGAGAGAUUGAAAAUGAGAUUUGAACAGAAAAAAAUUACACAGCAGAAAUACAACGCAAGACAUAUAUAUAUAAAUAUUUUGUAUACAACACACAAUUGCCAUGAUUCUUCCGAUAGCUUUCCCUAGUAGCUUUUCAAAUGUAUAAAUGGGCACAAUAUUUCGAAAUGAGAUACAACACAAACAUUUCAAUGUCACUUUUCACACAAACCUUCUACUUCUUUCGUCUGCAAACCUAAGCUAAAUAAUAAUGUCAAAAGAAAAUUGUUCUUUUUUUCCUGCAACUCAUUCAGCAAUACAACAGAAAUCAAAUUUUAAACAAAAUAUACAUUUCUCAAAUGAAUCAAAAGACAA